CCGGUCCAGCCUCACUCCUCUCGACGUGCUCAGACAGGUCGUGCAUUGAAGACCGAAAUUCAGCCGCUCACUUCUCAUCAAAGAAACUUCGGUGGGGACUCAAGUUGUGUCUCAGUUGGAUGUACGCAUCUUUUGAAGGACACAUUUCUGGGCUGAUUAGGACUGUUCCAUGCCAAAGGAUCCUUCACAUGGAGCCGACAAGUACAUGCUAAAGUCUUUUGUGCACCUAUCACUUCUGACAGGACGCCCACGUGAGGACCAAAACAGUGGCCUUGGACCAGCAGUAUAAAUAGAAGCCGGAGCAAAGGCCCUGAAAGAAGCUUUAGGAAGGUGGUUUUCACGCUGGGUCCCUCGCCAUGAUUUUGAAACUGGUGAGUUUUAGUGCUCUCCUCCUCGGAGCCCUCACAUCCCCGUUGCCAGCUACACUCUCUCCCACCACAAACGCCACAGGAGGCCUCUGUCGCAUAUACAACUAUGGCCGCUCUGCAGACUGCCUUGGGAGACAAUUCGACCAUGUUCCGUGGACACGUCUUCCCUCCACAUUGGAGGAACUAGAUCUCUCCUACAACAUACUUCCAGCCAUCCAUGCCAACGACUUCCUCCACUUCCCGCGGCUACGCACCCUUCUGCUGUCGUACAAUAACAUCUCAUACAUCCACGAUGAUGCUUUUAGGAGCAACCCCCUCCUGGAGCAUCUCAACAUCUUCAACAAUUCCCUGCAGGAAAUUCCUGCCACUCCUCUGAUGCCCCUCACCAACCUGAAGAAGCUCUACAUGUCCAAUAACCUUUACAAACAAGCCACUUUGGCAGAUGGCUUCUCCAAAUUUGCCAAACUCCAGGUCUUGUCCAUGGGCGGUCCCCUGGUGCUUGGCUUAAAGAAAGGGGACUUCAAACCCUUGAAGAAUAUUAGGUUACAGGGUUUUGCCAUCAAAUGCUCUUCCAAUCUGAGUUACUAUGAGCCUGGUAGUUUAGAGGUUAUCCAGACAACCCAGAUGGGUUUUGACAUGGUGAUAGACCAAAAGCCAAACAUUCUCCCUCUUAUGCUUCGCGACCUCGCCAACAAGACCUUCAGCGUCAUCCAGUUCCGCAACCUCUUUGAGUUCAUGUACUACAUGGCUGAGGAGGACAUUUUUAAGAAUCUGAGAGACAUUACAGCCCACCAACUCAUCUUUCACCGUGGUAAAUUCAACGAAAACUUGCUGAGGAUGAUUUUGAUAAACUUACAAGUGGCCCCCAUCAAAAGGCUGAGACUUCAGUACAUUGACUUUGCCCGUUCACCCACUUUUGUGGACGACGGAGCCAGCUCCAGGAUAACAGACCUAAAACUGGAUAAACUGGAUCUGUGGUAUAUAAGUAAUCCCGAUGUGCUGCGGUUUGACUGGCGCUUCACCUGGUUCAACAAAAUUCAAGAUCUCUCCAUCCAGUAUGUGUACUUCAACAGUGUGCCUUGCGAUUCCUGGGUAGAGAUGGAGGGCGUGGAGUCUCUGGAUGUCUCCAACAACCGCCUGCACAACACAGCCAUCUUCAACCAACGCUGCGAUUACAAGGGCAGAAUGCGGAGCCUUCAUAACUUCAACAUGAGCAACAACGAGCUGUCCAGCUUGAGAGACUUGUCAUAUCUGACCAGGGAGUUCCAGCGACUACAAGUGAUCGAUAUAAGCAACAACAAACUGGGCUCUGCUGAAGAAAGCCAAAACUGCGCCUGGAGGCAAAACAUCACCAAGGUGAUCGCUCACCAUAACCAGUUUGUGAGCCAAGCCUUACAAUGUCUGCCAACCACAGUGCAACUCCUGGACCUGUCUUAUUGCAGUCUGGACCAGCUGGACAUGACUUACUUUGAGAAAACCACCAACCUCAAAGAGCUCCUUCUCAGUGGGAACAAAAUCAAGUUCAUCCCCUCUCAGUGGAGAAUGGCAUCCCUGCAGGCACUCACCCUGGAUGGUAAUUCUUUUGGCCUCAUAAGUAUGGAGUCCUUCCAGGACAUGCCCCAGCUAUCUCAGCUGAAGGCUGGCAACAACCCUUAUCACUGUACCUGUGAAAUCCAUGCUUUUAUCCAGGGAACAAUGUCAAAGAGGAAGAUCAACCUCACAGACUGGCCUGACAGUUACAAGUGUUACCAUCCUGAGGCCUUGCUCAACACUGUCAUAUCUAAUUACUUCCCAGGUCAUGUGGCCUGUGACAUCAGACUAGUCAUCAUCAUUUCUGUGGCCACCACUGCAACAGUGGUGCUGAUACUGAUGCUGAUCUGCUACCUCUUUGACGUUCCCUGGUAUACGAAAGCCACCUAUCAGAUCCUUAGAGCUAAAUACAGAGCUCACAAGGAGAAAGCGGUGGAAGGAAGGGAGAUUUUCACCUAUCACGCCUUCAUUUCCUACAGCCACUCUGACGCCGACUGGGUGAGGGACCAACUCUUACCCUGCAUGGAGAACAACAGGAACCCCUACCGCCUUUGUAUUCACGAGAGGGACUUCAUGCCAGGAAAGUGGAUUAUUGAUAACAUCAUUGAGAACAUUGAAAGCAGUCGCAAGGUCAUUUUUGUCCUUUCGCGGCACUUUGUGAACAGUGAGUGGUGCAACUAUGAGCUUUACUUUGCCCAGCAGAGAGCCAUGAGCAAGACCUUCAGUGACGUCAUACUGAUCGUGAAGGAGCCAAUCAAUCCCAACUCACUGCCGAGCAAAUACUGCAAGCUCAAGAAAAUGUUGAGCACUAAGACCUACCUGGAAUGGCCCCAGCAAGCCAAACAGCAGGCAUUUUUCUGGGCACAGCUGAAGAGCGUUCUGGGCAAGCCAACGCUGCCAAGAGAGAGAGCGCACAGCACCAGAAGCACAGCCUCCUCAGUGGGUGCUGUGUCAGUGAUAGAGCUCCCCCUAGAGGAUGGGAGGCCAGAAACAGCCCAGGCUGAUGAAACGGAACUUCAACAAGAGUUUACUCUAAUGAAUAAUGAGCAGCACAACCAGACGACAGUCUCUACAAAACCCGGCGAAGUCAGUCAGACGUCAGACCUGCGGAUGAACACCGCGCAGGCGGCUGCUGGAAGUCGCCUGUCAGCAGAAGUAGACCCGCACAACGUGAUGCUGAGUCAUGACGUCACCUGCCUCGCAGGGGGCCUCUCCUUUGUCCUCUCCUGGGAAAUGGAAAUAGGGCCUGAAAUUAAAAAAAAAAAAAAAAAAAUGAGUUCCCAGUUGGAAAAGGCAAUGGAGGGCCUUAUCAUGGUGUUCCAUAACUAUUCUUCGAGAGAAGGCGACAAAUACAAGCUGAGUAAAAUGGAGAUGAAGAACCUUCUCCAUGGGGAACUCGGUGGCUUCCUGUCGUCCGGGAAGGACCAGGUGGUGGUGGACAAAAUCAUGACUGACCUGGAUGAAAACCAGGACGGGCAAGUGGACUUUCAGGAGUUUGUUGUCCUGGUGGCUGCGCUCACUGUGGCAUGCAACGAAUUCUUCGUACAGAGCCAGAAGAAGUGAAGGCCGAGCUCUGACUCGACUCUUUCUGCAUAACCUCCCUGCCUAAUGAAAAUGCUAGCAAGUCCUCACUAUGAUACAUUUAACCAAUGAAAACUGUUUUCAUGUUGCAAUUUUGAUAUUUGGAACAUUAGUCAUGCUGGCGAUAAAAGAAAUACCCCAACUUCUACAUUAAUCAUGGUUCUCUGUACUGUUUUAAACAGGCUUCAUUCAAAUGUGCAACCUGUGCGCUCUAAAUUCUAAAAGUUUACUUUAAAAGAAUUAGGAAACCGAUUACGCUUGGGAAAAGUAACUAAAUGAACUUAAUGGUGUCAAGUUCAUUUCACAUGACUUGACACAAUUAAAUUAAUUUACUUACUUUUCCCAGGUGUAAUUGGUUUCCUAAAUUUUUCUAAGUAAACUUAACUUUUAGAAUUGACGGUGUGCGCACAUCUCCCUGUAGACCCUCAAAGGAAUCCUGUCUGAAUCAAAUAAAAACCUCAUGCCUGA